AUGAGCUUUUCCAAUUCCCGCCUGAAAGGCUUUGGUUUCGGUAAACGCAAGUCAACUGCCAGCAUCCAAACGCCAGACCCGAACCAGACCCCAAGCCCGACCCCUCCUCCCCAAGGCCACCCGUCCGGCGCCCCUCAAAUACCGCAGCAGAUCCCCGUUCGUCCUGGCUCGAUCGCCUCGACCUCUUCCGCCUCUAUCGCCCCUAUGAAUCACCCAGGCGCCGGGAACCGACCACCGAGUUAUUCGGCAAACUACCCUCAAGGCGGCCCUCCUCCCAUCGGCCGCACAAGCCCGUUGACGAACCAAGGCCCGACGAGAACCCCGCCUAGCCAAAUGGUCGGCGGUCCCCCUCCCAUCAACACCGGCGCUCCCGUCGCCGGAUACCCGCCUCAGCUCCCUCCUGUCGGCGGUCAAGGACAUCCCAUGGGCGGUCCUCCUCAGUACGGCGGUGGCGGUGGUGGCUACCCUCCCCCGGGUCCUCCUGGCCCUCCCGGAGGCCCUAUGGCGCAAUAUCAGAGAGGCGGCAGCGCGGCCGAGGUUGAGGGCAACAGCAGGAGCAAGGCUCAGCUGAUAGUCGGCAUCGAUUUCGGUACGACGUUUUCCGGUGUGGCUUUCGCGUUCGCCACGAACAACGAGGCUAAGGAGGAUAUUAUUACGGAAUGGCCCGGCGCCGGAUCAUACACAAAGCAAAAGAUUCCCACCGUUCUCUACUACGAUCAAUACCAGAAGGUUGUCGGAUGGGGUCCCGAUAUUGCGGAUGCCCUCGCGCCUACUGGGUACCCGAAACCCGGCGUGCAAAAGGUGGAAUGGUUCAAGCUGCAGCUGAUGCUUUCCGGCAACACAUAUAUCGACCCCAUCAACCUGCCUCCUCUGCCUCCUGGCAAGUCUGAAAUCGAUGUUGCGGCCGACUACCUCUUCAAGCUCCGCCAGGCCAUGCGCUCUGCGCUGCAGAAGACGUUGGGUGAAGUGUUCAACCGCGAGGAGAGAAACAUUCGGUACUACCUGACAGUGCCCGCUAUUUGGAACGAUGCUGGCAAGGCUGCCACCAGAGCCGCUGCCAUUCAGGCCGGUUUCCUCCGAGACGAGAACGACAACCGCCUUACCCUGGUUUCCGAGCCCGAGGCGGCGGCAAUCUUCUGCUCCAAGACUGGCCUUCUUAACUUGAAGGUUCACGACGCCGUUCUGAUUGUCGAUUGCGGUGGUGGUACGGUCGAUUUAAUUGCCUACGAAGUCGAGGAUGAGAACCCCUUUACGGUGGCCGAGUGCACGGCUGGAUCUGGUGACUCUUGCGGUUCAACAGCGCUCAACCGUAAUUUUAGCAACAUUCUGCGCACAAAGAUCCGCAAGAUGAAGCUGCCCGACGGAUCCAAGACGGCCGGCCGUGUGUACGCCAAGUGCAUCAUGGAUUUCGAGAACCGCAUCAAGGCCGACUUCCGUAAUAACGGUCAGAAGUGGGCUGUGGAUGUCGGUAUCGAGGCGGAAUUCCCCGAGGCCGGUAUUGAGGAAGGUUACAUGACCUUCACAAACGAGGAGAUUCUGCAGUGCUUCGAGCCUGUCGUAAACCGCAUUCUGGAACUCGUCAGAAACCAGAUCAUUGCCAUCCAGGCUCAGAACCGCACUCUGCAGAACAUUCUGGUUGUUGGAGGUUUCGGUGCCUCCGAGUACCUCUUCCAGCAGAUCAAGCUCCACGUCCCUCCUCAGUUCCAGUCCAAGGUGGUGCGUCCCAUGGACUCCGUCGCUGCUAUCGUCAAGGGUGCCGUUACUGCCGGUAUCACGGAGCGCGUCGUCACCCACCGUGUUGCUCGUCGUCACUACCUCAUGGCCACUCUCCAGCCCUUCAAGGAGGGCUACCACCCCGAGGCCUACCGUGUGCCGUCCCUCGACGGCAAGGACCGUUGCAAGUUCACCAGGCAGAUUUUCGUGCAAAAGGGCCAGAAAGUCAAGAUUGGCGAGCCUGUCAAGGUUUCCUUCUUCAGACAGGUUGCCCCCGGCGCUACCCUCAUGUACGAGGAUAUCCUCUACGCCUGCGACGACGAUGUUUGCCCCGAAUACACCAAGGAUCCUCGUAUCAAGGAAGUCGUCACUCUGACCUCUGAUCUUUCGCGCAAGAACCUCGAGAAGGACUUCGAGAGGAUGGACACACCACAAGGCACAUUCUACCGUGUCUACUUUGACAUUUACCUGACUCUUGACGGAUCCGAGUUCAGUGCAGAACUGACGACCGAUACGCAGACAAUGAGACAGGUGCCGUCGAGAAAAGGCGACAGGCGCUCAACGGCAUCCGGCCGGAACAUCUUCGUUGCGCUGGCUCUCGCGUCGCAGCUCCCAGCCGCCAAUGCCAUCGUCUUCCCGAGCACACAUCCGAAUUACAAGACCGACUACUUGUCACUGAACAAGCGUUACAACCCCGCCAGGCGAGGCCCGCCCGAGGAUUGGAACGGGAGGAUACCCUUGAAGAUCACAAACACAUGUUCAGAACCGAUCUGGCCAGGCAUCACCACGCAGCACGGCGUCGGCCCCGGCACCGGGGGUUUCGAACUUGGCGCGGGUGAAAGCCGGGACCUGUGGGUCGGUCCGACAUGGCAAGGCCGAGCGUGGGGAAGAACCAAUUGCACUGUCAAUGGAGAGUCGGCUGGUUGCACAACGGGCGAUUGCUUCGGAAAGCUUAACUGCGAGUUCAGUGGCGCCGUUCCUGCAACACUAGCCGAGUUCAACUUGGCUGGCGGCGUUUCCGGGAGACAGACCUUUUAUGACAUCUCCCUCGUCGACGGCUACAACAUCCCCGUGGGCAUCAAUUAUAUCCCUGCCGACAACACCUCGUACAUUCCGCCCAACCUCACCAAUUGUGCUUGCAUCGCCACGGCCGGCCUUUUGUCAAAUACCGCAGCAAGUGGUACUGUUUAUACCAACUCCACCUACCCCGUCCCGUGGGAACCGACCGAGACGAAUAACAGCGCUCGAGACUGGUGUCCUUGGCCCCUUCUUACCAUGCCACCGGAGAAGCCUGGUGACGGUGUCUACCCUUACCCCGAUGACAACAUCAUGCGUCCCGACUUUAGCCCGUGCAAGAGUCAAUGUGCCGCCACCAACUCGGAUAAGGACUGUUGCAUAGGAUCGUGGCACGACCCCAACAAGUGCAAGCCGGGGUUGUACUCGAAGCAUGCCAAAUCAAUUUGUCCGGACGCUUACAGUUUCGCCUUUGAUGACCAAACAUCGACUUUCAUUAUCCCAUCCGGCGGCGGCUGGGAGGUCGUCUUUUGUCCGGCGGGGAGGAGUACCAACAUCCUUCGCACCAUGGGACCCCAGCUUUUCGAGCUUGCGAGCGCCGGAUACUUGAGCCAGAAGAACUUGGAUCUGGUUAAGAACCUCUCCUACAUAGAGUCGCAGAGUGAGAAGAACGCCGCUCCGGGUGUGACGUCCAAGUCGGCAUGGGCCGUCUGUGCAGCGGCUGUAACCGCUCUACUGAUGGCUAUCUGA